AUGCAAUUGAUGCGUGGCAUUGCGCCGCGUUUGUCGCUUACCCGGAGCUCCGUUCGACCUCCGCUACCCCUCCAUUCUCUCCAUCGCCUGCAUCGUUUCCCUCUUUCCUCCCCGACUACCAUCCACUCUAAACACUUCUCCCUCUCCCAUUCAUACCGCGUGCCCACCAUGGAUGACAACGUUAAACAACACUAUCUGGCCGACUCGCCCCCUUCCGUCGUCAAGCUGGAGAUCAAGACACACUGGGACACUUUGAAGGAUGAGAGCCUGAAGCGAUAUGCUCACUACAUGAGCCGAGCUGCAUUCGAAGGUACUCGUGUUACCUUGCGUCAAGUUUCGCCCGAAUCCGAACCUAUCUACGACCUCAUCCUUGCCCUUCACCGUGCGGCCAAUGGAGAUUGGGCCAGCCUGGCUAAGAAGACCUCCGUCAGCGACGAACACCUCCGUUUCUUCCUCGAAUAUUCCGCCCAGUUCUUGGGUAACUGUGGUAACUACAAAGGCUUUGGUGACUCCAAGUUCAUUCCCCGCCUGCCAGCUUCGGCCUUUGAGGCGCUUUCCUCCGCCACAUCGGAGACCAAGGCUGCUUUCCAAAAGGCGAGCACCACUGGGGGUGGUAUCUAUGAGACUGCUGAGCAGUCAUUGAUGCACUUGGGAUACCCGGCUAGUGGACAUAUGACAACGUAUUACCCCGACUCGCCCUCCAUCACUAAGGAUGAAAUCACCGCUGUUGGAGACCUGAUGGAGAAGAAGGGUUUGGCAUUGGAGAACACAAGACUGCGCAAGACCUCCUCAGGUGACUUUGAACUUUUGAUUGCUUCUGGCUUGGAGGGAUCUCUGAAGGGCAAGACCUUGCGUCUGGUCUUUGGUGACUACCUGGAGGAAAUGGCCAAGGUUGCCCACAGCAUUAAGCGAGCUGAACUCAAUGCGGCCAACGAUAACCAGAAGCGCAUGUUGGAAGCUUACGCUCGCCACUUUGGCGCUGGUUCCAUCGAAUCCUUCAAGGAGAGCCAGCGUGUCUGGGUGAAAGACCAGAAGCCUGUCUUGGAGACAAACAUUGGCUUUGUAGAGACCUACAGAGACCCUCAUGGUGUUCGUGGAGAGUGGGAGGGCUUUGUUGCACUGGUCAAUCUUGAACGUACCCGGGCAUUUGGAACCCUGGUUGACAGCGCUGAGAGCAUGAUCCCGAAACUUCCCUGGGGUACCGACUUCGAGAAAGACACGUUCCUCAGCCCCGACUUCACCUCCCUGGAGGUUCUAAGCUUUGCCUGCUCGGGUCUUCCAGCCGGCAUCAACCUUCCCAACUACGAUGAUAUUCGUCAGAAUCUGGGCUUCAAGAACGUUUCCUUGGGCAAUGUUCUCAGUGCAAAGGCUCCCAACGAGCCCAUCCCUUUCGUCGCCGAACAGGAUCAAGAAGUCUACCGCCGAUGCCGUGACCCGGCAUUCGAGGUCCAGGUUGGCAUUCACGAGCUGCUCGGUCACGGAACUGGCAAGCUCCUGCAGGAGACUGCACCCGGCGAGUACAACUUCGACAUCUCCAACCCUCCCAUCAGCCCUGUCGACAACAAGCCCGUCAAGAGCUGGUACAAGCCCGGACAGACAUGGAGUUCUGUUUUCGGCGCCAUCGCCUCAUCUUACGAAGAGUGCCGCGCCGAGUGCGUUGCGAUGGCUCUUGGCUGUGACUUUGAAAUUCUGAAGAUUUUCGGUUUCGGCGAUGGUACUGUUGAUAUGGACGGCGAGGCUGGAGAUGUCCUCUUCGCGGCCUACCUCCAGAUGGCUCGCGCGGGACUGGUUGCCGUUGAGUUCUGGGAUCCCAAGACUCAGAAGUGGGGACAGGCUCACAUGCAGGCUCGCUACAGUAUCUUGCGUACCUUCCUGGAUGCGGGCGAUGACUUUGUCAAGCUGCAUUACACCAAGGACGACCUAUCGGACCUCGAGAUCCGCUUGGAUCGAUCUAAGAUUCUGUAUGUCGUGGCGGGCAAGGGCCUGUACGAUGAGAUCACCUCGGUCGAUAGCUGGUGGGCGUCUCAGGUCCGUGAGGUUGUUCUGAAGAACAAGGUUCCUCGCAAGGUCUUUGUGCAAGCCAACACCAUUCUGGAGGGGGACAAGGUCACCUUGAAGGAGUAUGAACCUACUCUGGAGGGUAUUAUCCAGAGCUUUGCAGAGCGCAAUGUGUAA